AUGAAAGAAAAAGGCCCCAAAGCAGAAUCUACAGAAAAGAAUGAUGAUAUAAAGGAAUGUAACGAAAAAAUAAACACAUUUAUCAGUAACUUAUUAUCAAGUAUAAAUUAUAUUAACAAUGCAAUCUUAUAUAGAGACAACAGAUUUAUAUUGCGUAUGUUAAAACAUAUAAAAAAUAUGCGUUUAAGUAUAAAAAAUGAUAGCGAAAAUUUAAUGCCAGUUUUAGUUAGCUUAAUAAAUAAAAUAUUUAAAGAUACAUAUCCAAUAUAUAUAAUAUUAAAUAAAUAUAUAAAAUUAUAUAAUGAAAAUAAUAAAGAAAAUAUAACAGAAAUUGUAAAUUUAAAUGAAAAAAAUUAUGUAAAUUCUUUACCAGAAAUAGAAGUAUUUUUUUAUAUUUUAUUUAUGGUUCAUUUGAUAGAUAAAAAAUUAUAUGAUGAUUGUAUCGAAUUAUCUAACUUAAUAAUAAAAAGAAUUAAUAGUUUAAAUAGAAGAUCUUUAGAUUUUAUAAAUUCAAAAAUAUAUUUUUAUUAUUCUUGGGUACAUGAAUUAAGAGGAAAUAUAUCACAAGUUAGACAAGAAUUAUUGUUUAUAUAUAGAAAUGCAUGUUUGCAUCGAGAUAUUAUGACUCAAACUGUUGUAUUAAAUUUAAUUUUAAGAGAUUAUAUAAAAAAUAAUUUAUAUGAUAUGGCUGUUAAAUUUGUUAGUAAAACAUUAUUUCCUGAAAAUAUGUUUUCAAAUGUACAGCAUGCUAGAUAUUUAUAUUAUAUUGGAAAAAUAUUAGCUAUACAAUUAGAUUAUAGUGAAUCACAUAAUAAAAUUAGUCAAGCACUAAGAAAAGCCCCACAAAAUGCUAAUAUGGCAAAAGGAUUUAAACUUGAAGCUACAAAACUUGAAAUAGUUGUUGAAUUGCUUAUGGGAGAUAUACCAGAUCGAUCUUUAUUUACCAAUAAAAUUAUGAGAAAAAAUUUGAUUCCAUAUAAACAUGUUGUUACUGCUGUUAGAAAUGGAGAUAUAAAUAAAUUUGCAAGUGUAAUGAAUAAUUAUAAGAAAUUAUUCGUUAAAGAUGGCGUUUAUUUGCUAAUCAAACGAAUACAUCACAACGUUAUUAAAACGGCUCUUAGGAUAAUAAACCUCUCCUACUCCCGCAUAUCCAUCGCCGACAUUGGGAAGAAGAUCGGAGUCGAGUCCCCCAUGGAUGUCGUGGGAAUAACUGCGAAGGCAAUUCAUGAUGGAGUAAUAGGAGCAACAAUCGAUUAUGAUAAUUUAUAUGUCGAAUCGAAACCAAACAUUGAUAUUUAUAUUACUGGAGAUCCUAUGAAAGCAUUUCAUAAAAGAAUUGCAUUUUGCUUGCAACUUUAUUCAGAUGCAGUAAAGGCUAUGCAAUAUCCUGAUGAAAAUGAAAAAACAGAAAAUGUAGAAGCUAAAGAAAGGAAAAUACGGCAACAAGAAGAAUUUGCUCAAGCUGAAGAAGGAGAACUUGGUGAUGACACAGAUUUGUUAUGA